GAUUCUCCGCGCAGCCAGUGGUAGCGUUAGCGUUAGCGCUAGCGCGGGACCCCGGCUCCCCGCCGCCCCAGUCUCCGCUGCCGCCCCAGUCUCUCUCCGCUGCCGCCGGCGCUCUGCAGCUCUCCGGUCUCCGCUCCUCCGGUCGGGCCGGACUCCGCGGACCCUGCGUGCAGCUUGGGAGGGGUUGUCUACUGUGGUAGUAAAGUGAAGAAAGUGAGUGCUGCCCCCUGCUGAAAAGGGUUUCUUCAAGACUGCGGGUCUCCUUCUGGAGCCUGUGAGAGGGCUUUCCUGACAUAAACUGUUUGAAGAUGAGAAGUGCUCCUUAGUAUGACGUCCCUGGACAAUGUAAUCGCCACCAACCAGUCGGAGUGGGUCUCCUUCAAUGAUGAGCCACAUUUUCCCAUUUCUUCAGAGGGGGACCCUGAAGAGCUCCUCGCCAGGCGGUCGUCUUCCUCAGACAGGUCAGAGAGCUCCUCUGGGGAAGUCCGAGCUGGGGAUGGAGAGUCUCCAGACACUUCGCAUUCAGAGCAGGAUGCUGCUCUGGAAAAGUUGCCCUUGGUCUCCAGGACGACUUCGCCUCUUGAAAACCCUGUGCAGUCCCAACCUGGCUUGGCCUCAGCCAUUAGCACUUGGGUCCAGUUUGAAGAUGAAUCAUGGACCGGCACUCUUUCAACUCACCAAGAAGCAGCACCCCUGCUGACCACGCCCUGCUGGACUUGUCCCUCCUUUGAAUCCUUAGGGCGAUGUCCUGAGGCCUCAGAAAGCAGCUGGACCACUCACUCAGAAGAUACCGGGAGCCCAAGCAUCGGCCCUUCAUCCACAGACAUGCGGUCUACCAAUGCUGAGGAGCACACCAGUGGUGGGGCCUCGGGGACCGACACUCCCGACAAUUCCUCCUCCAUCCAAGAAGAUGACGAGGUAGACAUGGAGGCCCUCAGCCGGCCGGCCAGUGGCUCCCCGGCAAAUGGCCACAUCUCUACUCCUGGGACCACUGCCCGCUUUCCCAGCUGGGUGACUUUCGAUGAUGAUGAAGUAGCCGGCAGCCCCUCCCCACCCAGCACCUCCCCUUCAAAGUCCGACAGCCCAUCAAGACCUCCAGUUCCAGAUGUGCUUCCUAACUUCACUGGGUCCUUUAAGAAGAGGGAGCGGCCCAAGAGCACCCUGGUGGAGCUUCCCAAAGUGAAGAAGUUGGACAUCUCCUCCUUAACCCGGCCGCCGUCCGGCAGUGAGACCCCGCCGCCCUGGAGGGCGACCAACCCCUUCCUGAACGAGUCGCUGAAGGACGUGCAGCCUUCUCCCAUCAACCCUUUCAGCGCGUUCUUCGAGGAACGGGAGAGGCGUGCCCUCUGUGACUCGACCUCGAGUCCCCCGGCCCCGCGCCAGAGGGACUCCCUCCUCGUCAUCCGCCCGGAGUCGGACGCGAUCAGCUUCGACGGCCCCAGCAGAGGCCAGACCCACCGGGAUGCCGUCGAGAAGCUCAAACAGCUCCGGAUUGGGGAUCCAGAUGGGCUGGGUGGGCUCGCGCUGCCCGACGACGAUCCGGCUGUCCCGGGUGAGCCAGACGACGGGCCCCGGAGCCCCGCCGGCCCGGAGCCCAGGCUCGGCUGGCCAAUGAUGCUGCGGAUCCCGGAGAAGAAGAACAUCAUGUCGUCCCGACACUGGGGGCCCAUCUACGUGAAGCUUGCUGACGGCGGCCGCCUGCAGCUCUACUACGAGGAGGGCCUAGAGAAGCCCUUCCGCGAGUUCAAGCUGGAGAUAAGCCAUGAGAUCUCGGAACCCAAACUGCAGAGCUACGAUGAGAAUGGGAGGAUCCACAGCAUGCGGAUCGACCGCAUCACAUACAAAGAGAAGCGGAAGUACCAGCCCAAGCCCUCGGUGGCCCACGCGGCUGAGAGGGAGCAGGUGAUCAAGCUGGGCACCACCAACUACGAUGACUUCCGCAGCUUCAUCGGGGCUGUGCGGGACCGGCUGAUGGAGCUGCCCGUGUCAUCCCUCGACCUCUGCACCGUGGGCCUGAACUAUCUGGAGGAGGAGAUCACGGUGGAUGUGAAGGACGAGUUCACUGGGGUCUUGAGCCAGGGGGACAACAGGAUUCUGCAGCACCGCGUGCUCACCCAUGUCCACGUCCUGAGCUUCCUGUCUGGCCUGGCCGAAUGCCGCCUGGGCCUCAACGACGUCCUUGUCAAAGGGAACGAGAUUGUCUCCCGGCAUGACAUCGUGCCCACCACCACCACCAAGUGGAUCAAGCUGCAUGACUGCCGGUUCCAUGGGUGUGUGGACGAGGACGCCUUCAGCAGCUCCAGGGCGAUCCUGUUCAACCCCUUGGAUGCCUGUCGCUUUGAACUGAUGCGCUUCAGGACGGUGUUCGCUGAGAAGAGCCUGCCCUUCACACUCAGGACCGCAGCCACCAUCAACGGGGCGGAGGUGGAGGUGCAGAGUUGGUUGAGAAUGUCGACUGGCUUCUCAUCCAAUCGCGACCCCCUGACCCAGGUCCCCUGUGAGAACGUGAUGGUCCGCUACCCCGUGCCCAACGAGUGGGUGAAGAACUUCCGCAGGGAAAGUGUUCUGGGGGAGAAGUCUCUGAAGGCCAAGGUCAACCGGGGUGCAAGCUUUGGGUCGGUCGGAGUGUCUGGGUCCGAGCCCGUCAUGAGAGUCACCCUAGGCACUGCCAAGUACGAGCAUGCCUUCAACUCUAUCGUGUGGAGAAUCAGCCGGCUUCCCGACAAAAACUCAGCUUCCGGCCACCCUCACUGCUUCUUCUGCCACCUGGAGCUUGGCUCAGACCGAGAAGUGCCUUCCGUAUUCGCCCGCCACGUGAACGUGGAGUUCACCAUGCCCACGACGUCGGCCUCCAAAGCCACUGUCAGAUCCAUCUCGGUGGAGGACAAGACUGAUGUCAGAAAGUGGGUCAACUAUUCAGCUCACUACAGCUACAAGGUGGAGAUUGAGCAGAAAAAGCAGUUAACCCAAGAUCUCGAGGGAGAAGACACAGAAAACCCCAAAGAGUGCGGGGUGCAGUGAAAGAAAUCCCAUUGUGUGGGACCCUGACCUGGGAACCAUUCCUUUGCUGAGGCCCAUGGGCCUACCUAUCGUGUGGGAUCUCUCUGCCUAGCAGAACCGUCUUGUGACCCUGGCUUGGACUCUCACCCUCGCAGCCCCCGUCAUAUCGGCCGUGGUGAUUGGUCCAUCGGCAUUGGAUCAUGAAUCGCACCUGCAUUUUGGUGGAUUUCCUGGUUUUUGUGGGCAUAUAGGCUUGCCUUUACUCCAGUUGCCUUUCAACCCCAAAGUGUGGUAUAGUGACAACUAAAAUCAGAAAAAGAGGCAUCUCUCACCUCACUGUUGGGAAUCUUUCUCUUCCGGGAUUUUUCAAUCCGUCGUAUGGUUUCCCAAAAGCAAAGGUUUGAGGUUUCAAGACAAUGAAUCCCAAACUUCUUCUGUCUCAAUUAAGGAGGACUAUUAAGAUGGGCCAGCCUAUUGCAGCUUGCUGGCUCCUGAACCUGUCUCUUGUUACUCCGUCAUUUAAAUCGAAAUAUUUAGCAAUUCAA